ACCUUUCUAGCUCAAUCUCUACUCUUCCUUAAAAACCCCAAUAUCCCAUUGAUCACCGGACCACUUGAAAUUGCAUCGGAAGAUAGACGAUCGGAGCCGUUAUCAGGCAUGGGAAUGGAAAGAUUUGAACACCCAAUUCAAAGGAGCUCUGAUGGAAUCCAUGCCGUCAUUUUCCGGCGCCAGUUCCGUUUCAAUCCAAUCCUAGAGCUGAGAUUCGCCAUUGCCGCUUUCUUCUUCCUCUGCAUUUUUUCUCACACAGCUGCAUAUGAUCCGUUGGAUCCGAACGGCAACAUCACGAUCAAAUGGGAUGUAAUGUCAUGGACCCCAGAUGGCUAUGUGGCAGUGGUGACAAUGAACAAUUUCCAAAUGUACCGGCACAUCAUUAGCCCUGGGUGGACCUUGCAAUGGUCAUGGGCUAAGAAAGAGGUGAUCUGGUCUAUGGUGGGGGCACAGACAACUGAGCAAGGAGACUGUUCUAAGUUCAAGGGGAAUGUCCCACAUUGCUGCAAGAAGACGCCGACGGUCGUCGAUUUGCUGCCAGGGGUCCCAUACAAUCAGCAAUUUGCUAACUGCUGCAAGGGUGGCGUCGUGGCAUCAUAUGGACAAGAUCCUGCAAAUUCAGUCUCAGCCUUUCAAGUGAGCGUUGGCCAAGGAGGGACGUCGAACAAGACAGUGAAAUUGCCCAAGAACUUCACAUUGCUCGGCCCGGGGCCCGGUUACACCUGUGGCCCAGCAACCAUCGUGCCGUCGACCACCUUCCUAACGCCGGAUCGUCGACGGAAGACACAAGCUCUUAUGACAUGGAAUGUGACAUGCACAUAUUCACAAUUUCUAGCAAGGAAGAACCCAAGCUGUUGUGUCUCCUUCUCAACCUUCUACAAUAACACUAUCACUCCAUGUCCUUCUUGUGCUUGUGGCUGCCAAACCAAAAAGAACUGCAUCAAAAGCGACUCGAAGCUGCUGACCGCAGUGGGGAUCAACACGCCGCGAAAGGAUAACACGCCGCUGCUGCAGUGCACGCACCACAUGUGCCCGGUCCGGGUGCACUGGCAUGUGAAGCUCAACUACAAGGAUUAUUGGCGAGUGAAGAUUGCCGUCACUAACUUCAACUAUAGAAUGAACUACACGCUGUGGACGCUCGCCAUACAGCACCCGAAUCUCAACAAUGUCACACAAGUCUUCAGCUUCGACUAUAAACCGCUCCUUCCCUACCAAUCGAUAAAUGAUACUGGUAUGUUCUAUGGCAUGAAGUACUACAACGACUUACUUAUGGAAGCCGGGCCUCUGGGGAACGUGCAAUCGGAAGUUCUUCUCCAAAAGAACGACGAAACAUUCACCCUCAAACAAGGAUGGGCAUUCCCGCGGAAAGUCUACUUCAAUGGAGAUGAAUGCAUGCUACCACCACCCGACACAUACCCAUAUUUGCCUAAUUAUGCCCGCACUAAGGCACUAUCCUUCACAGCAUUCGCCGCUUCAAUGCUUCUCCUACUAAUGGUACUCGCGUAACCUUUUUUAAUUUUUGAGCCGAUUGUAAUAUCGAAAAUUCCCGAGUUUGUUGAAAUCGUCAUAGGCGGCAGUUCACAUUUUUUAUGUAUAGAAAAUUCAAACUGCUGACCUAAAACAUUGAGAAUUUUUUGAAAAGUUAAGGAAUGUUUGGUAGUCAUUUACAAAAUAUAUUGUGGUAGGAACAUUUGCUGCUAAAAGAAUAGAGAAGAAAUAGCCCAAUUGAUAAUCAUUUCAGUACUCUUGGCAUGACUAUUAAAGGACAAAGUAAAUAAAGGAGAAGAUUUCAUGAUUGUCCAUUUGCAGUAUUGCAAUAUAUUCUGCAUCCUACUACCAAACACACCCUUAUAGAAACAAUAAGUAUUCAGAAAAUGGAUGUAAGUUUUGUUUUAUAAUAUUUUCAUAUAAAAGAUUUAAUAUCCAAUGUGAAGUGAAGAGCCCAAAUUCAAAAUUUCUAGAAUGAAUGGUGUUUCUUGAUUUUGUAGGUUGCCCAUGCAAGCAAAUGUAUGAUUUAAGAGAUAUUUAUAUGUAGGUUUUAAAUAGUGAAUAACGUGUAGCAUAGUGUUUACUUCUAAUUAAAGUAAUAUGAAAUAAUAAUAAUAAGUGUAAAGAUAUUCUGAAAAUGAAUGUAAGUUUUGUUUUAUAAGAUUUUCAUGUAUAGGAUUUAACAUCCACCAUGAAGUGAAGAACCCAAAUUUGAAAUUUCUAGAAUGAAUAGAGUUUCUUGAUUUUGAAACUUCCUGAUGUAAGCAAAGGUAUGAUGAUUUAAGAAAUAUUUGUAUGCCAGUUUUAAAUAGUGAAUAAUGUGUAGCAUAGCGUUUAUCCUUUUAAAAUAUAAAACCCACUACUUACCACUCGACUUUUAAUUAAAGUAAUAUAAGAAGAAAAAAAAAGUAUAUAUAUAUUUU